CAAAUUCCUUCUCUCCUGUCCAAACACAAACAAAAUAAAUUGAAAUAAAUGGAAUACAUUCUCUAUCAAUCAGCCUACUAAUCCGACAUUCUUUCCGAACGAGCCCUAUAUUCUUAAAGUCAAAUUGCGAACAACCACGUACCACACCACCUGGCGGCUCGCCUGAACGCCGAGUCUUUCUGUGCCGUUACCUGCAGAAUUUGUUUCUAUACACAAACAAGCGUACAAAUAUCAUGUUCCUCCAUUGACUUCUUGCAUCUAGUCACACUGUCAUUGGAAGUACGCAAUAGGCUGCAUCAUCACAUUCCAGGUUUUUCUUCAUCCUACAAAGUAAGAAUUCGUGGGAUAUAUUGAAGAAUUUGUGGCGGCUUUCACCGACGAUACUGAAGAUAUGGGAACAUAAUUUCUAACCUUUUGUAUUUUGAGAUACAGAAAAUUUGCCUUUCCUUCACCUAAGCCUCCAGCAAAAAAAGUCUUAUAAUGUUGACGUGCACUCCCCACUUUGUUUCUCUAAGUUUCGUGGAACUCAAUACUCCAAAGAGAUAUUGGAUCCCGGGCCAGGGAAGAAGGACCAUGUCAGUUGCUGCCUCAGUUGCAAAAGAGGCAUCCAAUUACAUUUCAGCUGCUCCGAUUUUCCUUCCUGAAGGGCCAUGGCAGCAGAUCCCUGGAGGUGUUACUGCUGCAGCUGGGUUCAAAGCUGCUGGAAUGUACGGUGGAUUGCGUGCACUUGGAGAGAAGCCUGACUUAGCACUUGUCACUUGUGAUGUAGAUGCCAUUUCUGCAGGAGCGUUUACUACAAAUGUGGUAGCAGCUGCACCGGUAGUAUAUUGCAAAAAUGCAUUAAAUUCAUCGGCAACGGCCCGUGCAGUUUUAAUAAAUGCUGGUCAAGCUAAUGCAGCCACGGGUGAUGCAGGUUUCCAGGAUGUAAUUGAUUGCUCAACUGCUUUAGCUAAUUUACUUAACCUGAAGAAUGAGGAAGUGUUAAUUGAAUCCACUGGGGUCAUUGGUAAAAGAAUAAAGAAGGAGGCUCUUCUCAGCUCACUCCCAAAGCUAGUUGGUCUGCUGUCAUCAAGUGUUGAUGGGGCAAAUUCAGCUGCUGUAGCAAUAACUACUACUGAUCUUGUCAGCAAGAGUGUGGCAAUUGAGUCUGAGGUGGGAGGGGCACAUAUAAGAGUUGGUGGCAUGGCAAAGGGUUCCGGGAUGAUUCAUCCUAACAUGGCAACAAUGCUUGGCGUUAUUACUACUGAUGCCUUGGUUACAAGUGAAGUUUGGAGAAGAAUGGUACAAAUUUCUGUGAGCCGAAGUUUUAACCAAAUUACCGUAGAUGGAGACACCAGUACAAAUGAUGCUGUCAUUGCUUUGGCUAGUGGGCUUUCAGGUGCUAGCAAGAUCACUUCUUUGAACAGCUCACAGGCAAACCACCUACAGAUGUGUCUUGAUGCUGUAAUGCAGGGGCUUGCAAAGUCUAUAGCUUGGGAUGGAGAAGGCGCCACAUGUUUGAUUGAGGUAAGGGUUGAUGGGGCAAAAGAUGAAGCUGAAGCAGCAAAAAUUGCACGUUCAGUCGCUUCUUCUUCCCUCACCAAGGCUGCUGUUUAUGGUAGGGAUCCAAAUUGGGGACGCAUUGCUUGUGCUGCUGGCUAUGCAGGAAUUCCUUUCAACCCAAAUGAACUUCGAAUAUCACUGGGUGAUACUCUGCUUAUGGAUGCUGGGCAACCUCUUGCAUUCGAUAGUGUUGUGGCCAGUAAUUAUAUGAGGAAGGCUGGGGAUACUCAUGGCACUGUAGAGAUUCACAUAUCUAUAGGUGAUGGUCCAGGAAGCGGAGUUGCAUGGGGGUGUGACUUGAGUUAUGACUAUGUGAAGAUAAAUGCCGAGUAUUCGACGUGAAUAUAUCUACAGAGUAUUCUAAAUUUGCUUAAAAAGUAUAUCCGGCUCACCGUGAGACUGCGAUGACAGGUCAUGAAUAAGAGAGGUUUCUCAGUAAUCUUAAUUGAUGUAUCUUUUCUUUAUUAACUAAAAAAAUUACAAAAGCCAAUGAGUGUAAGGACAUUUUUGGCAGCGAAAAUGUGUUGGUGUAAUUGUAUAUUUGUAUUGCUUAAUAGAGUUGCACAAUAAGUUCACUUGUUUGUACUUUUUGGUAUUG